AUGUUUAUAUCUACACAAGGGAAUAUAAUCGUGUGCUUUUCAUUGGCUUUGACCUGCUAUCUCCUGAAGACUGUAACAGGACAGAUCUCAUACAACGUGCUGGAAGAGGUGAAACAGGGAACCACGGUGGGUAAUAUAGCUAAAGACAUUAACCUCUCAGUUAAAGAGCUGCAAUCCAGGGGCUUUCGCAUCGUGUCAGGCUCUAAAAAGCAGUAUUUUAGCGUGAAUUUAGAUACUGGGGCUUUGCAGGUGAAUGAAAGGAUUGAUCGAGAAGAGCUUUGCGCAGGCUCAGUCGCAUGCUCUGUUAAUCUGGAAGCAGUGGUGAACAGUCCUCUGCAGCUCUAUCGGGUGAGAAUCAACAUUCUGGAUAUUAACGACAACUCUCCAGCGUUUCCUACGAGCUCUGUCGUGAUUAACGUUAGUGAAAGCACCGCGCCCGGUGUGCGCUUUCCACUGGAGAGUGCGCAUGAUGCUGACAUCGGAGUGAAUUCAAUUAAAACCUGCAAGCUAACCACUAAUGAUUACUUCAUUUUAGAUGUACAAACUCAUACUGAUAAGACGAUAUCGGCAGAGUUAGUCCUUCAGAAGGCUUUAGACCGAGAGAAGACUCCUCGGCUCGAGUUUACAGUGACUGCGUUGGAUGGUGGAUCGCCUGCUCGGACAGGAACUGUAAUGAUCGAAGUGAAUGUGUUAGAUAUCAAUGACCAUGCUCCGGUUUUUAGUAAAACUCUAUAUAAAGUGUCCAUAGCUGAGAAUGCACCAGUUGGCACCACAGUAGCCAGAUUACAAGCUCGAGAUCUUGACGAAGGACUGAACGCGGUGAUCGUUUACUCUUUUGUCGAUCGAACGCCUCGGAAUAUCAUGGAGAGGUUUGAAAUUGAUGCACAGAGUGGAGAUGUGAAAAUCAAAGGGGAUAUUGAUUAUGAGGAGAAUACGGCUUUUGAGAUCAGAGUUCAAGCUAUUGAUAAAGGUCCGGUGACUAUGUCGGGUCAUACUAAGCUUCUAAUUGAAGUCCUUGAUGUUAAUGAUAAUCCCCCAGACGUUACUGUAACAUCACUUCUGAGCCCGGUGGAGGAAAAUGCAGGGAGAGGAACAGUAAUCGCGUUAAUGACUGUAUCAGAUCCAGACUCUGGUAAAAACGGAGCCGUGCGUGUUCGUCUUUCUGGAUUCAAUCCAUUUAAAUUACAGUCGUCCUUCCAGAAUUAUUAUUCGUUAGUUUUAGAUGGCGUAUUAGAUCGGGAAAGUGUUACAGAGUAUAACGUUACAGUAAUUGCUGAAGAUGAAGGGUCACCUUCAAUGUCUAGAGUUAAAAUAAUACAAGUGGAGGUCUCUGAUGUGAAUGACAAUGCGCCUCGCUUCGCAAGUAGUGUUGAGUAUGCGUAUCUGCGAGAAAAUAGCAAAGUGGGGACUGUUAUAAUCACACUGACAGCAUCUGAUGCUGAUAUCAGAGACAAUGCACAUGUAACAUAUUCUUUACUUCAGAGUUCAGUUGGUGGUACACCUGUUUCAGCACUUCUGAAAGUGAACUCGCUGACUGGAGAGAUCGAGAGCAUGCAGUCGUUUAACUAUGAGGAGAUCAAAACAUUUGAGUUUAAAGUUCAGGCCACAGACUCUGGUGUUCCUCCGCUCAGCAGUGACGUGACUGUAAAUGUUUUUGUCCUGGAUGAGAAUGACAACAGUCCCGCGAUUCUCGCGCCCUAUUCCGAGCUCGGUUCCGUUAACAACGAGAACAUUCCCUAUUCUGCUGACGCGGGCUACUUUGUGGCCAAGAUCAGGGCUGUAGAUGCAGAUUCUGGUUACAAUGCGCUGUUGUCCUACCACAUCUCUGAGCCCAAAGGAAACAAUCUGUUCCGAAUCGGAACCAGCAGCGGGGAGAUCAGAACUAAGAGGAGAAUGAGUGACAAUGACCUGAAAACUCACCCGCUGGUCAUUUUGGUUUCUGAUAACGGAGAGCCCUCACUGUCAGCGACUGUGUCUAUUGAUGCUGUGGUUGUUGAAAGCGGAAGUGACGUCAAGACUCCAUUCAGACACGCGCCGGUAAAGGAGGAGAGUUUCUCGGAUUUAAAUCUGUAUCUGCUGAUCGCCAUUGUGAGUGUGUCCGUCAUCUUUUUACUGAGCCUCAUCAGUUUGAUAGCUGUAAAAUGCCACAGGACAGACAGCAGUUUGGGCAGGUACAGCGCCCCGAUGAUCACCACACACCCUGACGGGAGCUGGUCUUACUCCAAAUCUACUCAGCAGUAUGACGUGUGUUUUAGCUCAGACACACUGAAGAGUGACGUAGUGGUUUUCCCUGCGCCAUUUCCGCCUGCAGAUGCAGAACUGAUCAGUAUUAAUGGAGGAGACACUUUCACCAGAACACAAACACUGCCUAAUAAAGAGAAGGCUACUAUACAGGGUUAG